UGUAUCUGGACACCAGAUCACUGGUGGAAGACGAAAUGAACACACAUGACCCAUACAGGAGGGAUUACAGCCAGCCUAACACGAACGGGACCUCAUCAGGUUACAGUCCGUCUGUUAGCGAUACAUCCUCUGGUUUUCCAGACGACGUCCCUCAAUGGUAUAAACUGGCUAGUCUGAAUGAAAUACAAAACUCACCUUUCUCAACCAAUUCACCGAAGCAGUUUCUACCACGAGUUUAUCUCCCAGACAAGACCAGGGAAGAUGAACAGCCUUACGCAACCUUCAACGAUUCACCUGUUGAUUACGUGACGAAAAGAAAAGAAGAUAAAUCAGCCGACAAAAACAACAAUGUUCUGCUUUCAAUGCUUGCCGUCGGCCUACUUAUUGUUAUAGUAGCCAUCCCGGUCACCGUGGUGCUUGUCUUACAACGAGAUGUUGCAGUUAUCACGGAAGGUAUCGUUAUAAUGGAAUUGACACUUGACGAGCAGUUUCUGGAAAAAAUGGCCGAUCGAAACUCUGAUUUGUACACAUCUACAGAAAAGGCAAUAUGUGAACAG